AUGAAUGCUGAGACUUGUGUGUCUUACUGCGAGUCGCCGGCUGCUGCCAUGGACGCCUACUACAGCCCGGUGUCGCAGAGCCGGGAGGGCUCCUCGCCUUUUAGGGCAUACCCCGGCGGCGAGAAGUUCGGCACAACUUUCCUAUCGGCCGCCGCCAAAGGACAGGGAUUCGGAGACGCCAAGAGCCGGGCCCGCUACGGCGCGGGGCAGCAGGACCUGGCGGCACCCCUGGAGAGCGGCGCCGGGGCGCGGGGCUCCUUUAACAAGUUCCAGCCCCAGCCUCAGCCGCCGGCCCCGCAGCAGCCGCAGCCGCAGCCGCAGCCGCAGCCACAGCCGCCCGCGCAGCAACCGCAUCUCUACUUGCAGCGCGGCGCUUGCAAGACGCCCCCGGACGGCAGCCUCAAAAUCCAGGAAGGCAGCGGCGGCCACAACGCGGCCUUGCAGGUCCCCUGCUACGCCAAAGAGAGCUCGCUGGGUGAGCCAGAGUUACCGCCUGACUCUGACACCGUGGGGAUGGACAGCAGCUACCUCAGUGUGAAGGAGGCUGGGGUGAAGGGGACCCAGGACCGGGCCAGUGCCGACCUCCCCAGCCCGCUGGAUAAGGCCGACUCAGAGAGCAACAAGGGUAAGAAGAGGCGGAACCGAACCACCUUCACCAGCUACCAGCUGGAGGAGCUGGAAAAGGUCUUCCAGAAGACCCACUACCCCGACGUGUACGCACGGGAGCAGCUGGCCAUGAGGACAGACCUCACCGAGGCCCGCGUGCAGGUCUGGUUCCAGAACCGAAGGGCCAAGUGGAGGAAGAGAGAGCGUUUUGGACAGAUGCAGCAGGUCCGCACCCACUUCUCCACCGCCUACGAGCUGCCCCUCCUCACCCGAGCUGAGAAUUACGCCCAGAUUCAGAACCCAUCCUGGAUCGGCAACAAUGGGGCCGCCUCACCGGUGCCAGCCUGCGUGGUCCCCUGCGACCCGGUGCCUGCCUGCAUGUCCCCUCACACCCACCCGCCUGGCUCGGGGGCCAGUGGCGUCACCGACUUCCUGAGUGUCUCUGGGGCCGGCGGUCAUGUGGGCCAGACACACAUGGGUGGCCUGUUUGGAGCAGCAGGGCUCAGCCCGGGCCUCAAUGGCUAUGAGCUCAACGGGGAGCCGGACCGCAAGACCUCGAGCAUCGCGGCCCUCCGCAUGAAGGCCAAGGAGCACAGCGCGGCCAUCUCCUGGGCCACAUGACAGGGCCCCUCGCA